AUGUUUGGAUUCCUUACGUGCUCACUUUCUAAACUAUCUUUGACAUGUGGUCGCUUGCUAACACAGACGUCUGGAUCCACGACUGUGCAAUCAAGGGGACUAAUGAAAACACAUAAGGGUGCUGCUAAAAGAUGGAAGAAAACGGCAAAUAGUUACAAAAGAGGAAGAGCAGGUAGAAACCAUGGGAAUGCUGGUUGGAGUAAGUCCACAUUGAAAUCUUUGGAUGGGAAAACAUUGGCACAUCCUACACAUAUUAAGCACCUGAAAAGACUACUUCCUUAUCAUUGA